GCUGCAUUUUAUGGAUGCCUCAGCAGGUCAGCAUCUCCAUCAGCCCUGCCCUGCUCAGCGGAAUUAACAGAAGGAUUGCGGCUGCGUCUCUCUCUGCCUUGGUCCAAUAAAUCCCACAUAAAGUGAGCCAAACUGUCGGGAGACCUAAUAUGGCAAACAGAGGGCCCAGCUACGGACUGAGCCGGGAGGUGCAGGAGAAGAUCGAGCAGAAAUAUGACCCCGACCUGGAGCAGAGGUUGGUGGACUGGAUAGUUUCUCAGUGUGGAGGAAACCUGGAGAAACCACAGCCAGGCAAGGAAAACUUCCAGAAAUGGCUGAUGGAUGGAACCAUUCUGUGUCGGCUCAUCAACAGCCUGUUUCCAAGAGGAAAAGAGCCAAUCAAAAAAAUUCCUGAGACCCAAAUGGCCUUCAAGCAAAUGGAAAAGAUCUCUCAGUUCCUGCAAGCUGCAGAAGCUUAUGGAGUCACAACUACUGACAUCUUUCAAACUGUGGACCUCUGGGAAGGGAAAGAUAUGGCAGCAGUGCAAAGGACACUGAUGGCUCUGGGGAGCCUGGCAGUCACAAAGGACGAUGGUCAUUACAAAGGUGACCGGGACUGGUUUCACAGGAAAGCCCAGGGAUAUCGACGAGAGUUCACUGAAGAACAGCUACGUCAGGGACAGAGUCUGAUCGGCCUUCAGAUGGGCAGUAACCGCGGUGCUUCCCAAUCUGGUAUGACAGGCUACGGCAUGCACCGCCAGAUCAUGUAGACACCAUAUAAUCUAGCAGGCCUCCCUGCUUCCAAACCUUAAUUCUCAAUUUAUACUACAACUGUUGUAGUCCCAGAUGUACUUGUAGCGCCUGCCAUGUUAACCUCAAUCUCCCUGAAAUGCUGCUCCCAACAGUUCUACCCACGUUUUAGAAAAUGAUGUCAACUGCUGUGAAUAUCUUGUUUCUUAUCUGCUUCUGUUAUGUGCUGUUCCCUGUUUACUUUGUGUAUUUUCUUCAUCCUAAUCCAGAUAUUUGUGUAGAUUUUGUUGUACUUUACACUUUCAAAGGCAUUUGGGAAAAUAAAUCCCCAAUAUUGUGCAAAUACCGUAGAGAUAUUGUAAACCAAGUUACAGCAUGGUGUAUGUAUUCUUAUUUAUAUGUACAUUUGCUUUUUUUGUUUUACACAGAAUGUUCCGGUGUGUAUAACUUUAGCCUCAAAUAAUGGAGCUCUGAUAGUGACUGUUUGCUUCUUUUUCUAAAGACUUGUUGCAGUAUUCUCUGUAACCAAAUCAAUCUCACUUUGUGCCUGGUUACACGAAGGAGGCGCAUUGAUGUCUUUUCCUCGUCUAAUAUAUAGCUGUCAUUCAUUCUGAGCCAUGCCCUUGUUUGUUCUGGUCACACAUUGUGAGAAAAAGAACUGGAAAAAGUGCAGUAACCAACAUGUACGACAAAAAAAGUUUGCAUUUUUAGUGCCAGGUUGACAAAAUGCUAUAAUGUGCACUCGUAUGUGUGUUAUGUUUAUAUUUUUUCAUUAUAUUUAUAUCUCAAUGCUUGUAAGAAGAAGUAUUGGAAGAAUAAAAAAAAUGAGAAUAUA